AUGACAGUUAAAUCAAAAUUCACUCAUUUAACUAAAGAAGAACCCGAUCCAAUCAUCAAAACAUUAACACAAUAUCAUCAAGAUCAAUCACCUAAUAAACUUGAUGUUAGUAUUGGAGUUUAUAAAUCUCCUGAUGGAUUAUUAUAUACAUUCCCAUCAAUAAUUGAAGCUAAAGAAAUUUAUCAUAAUGAAAAAAAUUAUGGUCAUAAUUAUACUACCAUGAGUGGAAUUAAAGAAUUUAUUAAUGGAUCACAACAAUUAUUAUUUGGUAAAGAUGUUAUCACUAGUGAUGGUGAGAAAAAAAUUGCUUCAAUUCAAACUAUUGCUGGCACAGGAGCUAUUCAUAUGGGAUUAUUAUUUUUUAUGGAAGCAGGAUAUAAGAAUUUUUAUUUAGGUUUACCAUCAUGGCUGAAUUAUAUCCCUAUGAUUGAAACUGUUGGUGGUAAAGUCAAUACUUAUGAAUAUUAUAAUACCGCCAAUGGAGAAAUUAAUUUUGAUACUGUUAAGAAAACCCUUAUUGAAGCACCUAAAAAUUCGGUAUUUAUUUUCCAAACAUGUUGUCAUAAUCCUACAGGGGCAGAUUUUAAUAAUGAUCAAUGGAUUGAAGUUGUUAAAUUGAUUAAACAAUAUGAUCAUUUAGUAUUAAUGGAUACUGCAUAUUUAGGAUUUUCUAGUGGUGAUUUAAUUAAAGAUUCUUGGAUUCUUAGAUAUAUGUACGAAGAAGCUGAAAUUGAAUUUGUUGUUGCUCAAUCAUUUCUGAAAAAUAUGGGAUUAUAUGGUGAAAGAUUAGGUGCGGUUCAUGUUAUUGUUCAAGAUGAAAAUUACGUUGAUCAUGCUCAAUCUACAUUGGUAGCUAAUUUCCGUCAUGAAUGUUCAUUUGCUCCUUCAUUUGGAGCAAGAUUAGCACAAAUCAUUUUUGAAAAUGAUAAAUUAUAUCAACAAUGGACAAAAGAAGUUAAUCAAGUGACACAAAGAUUACAAAAUUUACGUCAAUUGGUUUAUCAAACUUUAAUUAAAUUGGAAACUCCAGGAAAUUGGAAAACUGUAAUACAACAAAAAGGAUUGUUUUGGUAUAGUGGAUUAACUCCUCAACAAAAUGAUCGAUUGAUUUCUAAUCAUAAUGUUUAUUCAACUAGUAUUGGAAGAGUUAAUAUUGCUGGUUUAAAUGAACAAAAUGUUGAAUAUUUUUGUAAGGCAAUUGAUGAAGUGGUAAGACAUAAUUAUGAAUAA